GCUAGUUUCACACGGAAUUCGAGAAGUACAGACUAUAUCUCCUUUCCUCGCUGCUACUUAUCACAAGAAUAUCGAAUAGCGAACAAGACAGUGAAAAAAAAAAUCAGAUUAACGAAGCAGAAUCACAAUUUGAUCAAAAAUGAAUGUGGAUUUUUCAACUAGGCGACCUUCAAGUCGAUUGCAAAUGCAAGACGCCCCUGACUCUGACAGCUAACUAAACGUAGAAUAGACUGACUUUGUUGUGAAUAAUGAGAAAAGCAUUUUUAAAACACAUAAAACGGUUUCCAUGGGUAACCAACGUUACACUGUAUGGCUGCCUGUUCGCCGGUGGAGACUUCGUUCAUCAGUGCUUUUCGAUUAAGGAAGAAAUGGAUUGGAGGCACACAAGAAAUGUUGCUAUAGUUGCUUUUAGUUUUCAUGGUAACUUCAACUUUUUCUGGAUGCGAUUUUUGGAACGACGUUUUCCAGGGAGUACAGUGGGCAUGGUGCUGCGAAAACUGCUUUUGGAUCAGACCUUCGCCGCGCCUAUAGCUACGAGCGCAUUCUAUACAGGGGUGAGUCUUUUAGAGGGGAAAGACGACAUAUUACAAGACUGGAGGGAGAAAUUCCUCAACACCUAUAAGACUGGACUCAUGUACUGGCCAUUUGUGCAGUUCCUGAACUUUGCUUUGGUGCCUUUGUACGUGCGCACUACAUUCACAGGCUGCUGUGCGUUCGUCUGGGCUACUUUCCUGUGCUUCUCUCGCCAGACUGGAGAUGGCACUGCCAUUGCCGCCCUGAACUGGAUCCGUGGUCCGAAAAGUGAGAUGAAAGAAAAGAGUGUCAGUGAGAACAAGUAACCGUGACAACUGUUUGGAUGGGGAAAACUCAAAAGAGUUAAAAGCUUUGUGUGACCAGGGGAUCUCCAUUUUGUAAUUUUGAAAUAAUUUUCAGUAACUUUUUAAAAAUAUAUAUGGAUCUUUGCGGUCCCGAGAUUUUGUCUGAAGAUUGCUGGUGAUACAUUUUCAGACUUUACGGUACAUGUUUGAAUCUUCAUCCUAAUACUUGAAUAAUGUUAUGAGUACUCUCACUCUGAAACCAUUGUUUAACUCUGACUCUUUCUUUAAGUUUUCUCAUAUGUUCUUAUCAAUCUUAUCAGUCAUUACAAACAUCUUUUAUUCCCCAGUUUUUUUUAGUUUUUGUUUUGCUCUGCUAAGUCAGCCCUCUCGGCAUUACCCAAUACCAUAUGGUUUCACAUGUGUACUGCAUUAUGAGAGAGCUGCUUCUCUCUCACAAGACCAGUUACUUCUUCUUCUUCAUGCAAAAGGGAAAUCAAAGAGCUAUCUUAUGCUGUUGAAUUUGUUUUACGGAAUAGUGAUCGCAGUGAAAACAUUACCUUAGAGAGUGCGCUGAGUAAGUCGGUAAGCCCUGAGGGGUUUUUGUAUUCGGUGCUUGUUUGGUUCCCUCAUGACUUGGUCAUGUGUCGAUAUAAACAAACCUUCUUAACACAUGCUUACCUCACUCUUCUUUACCUAACUCAGUCCCUCAAUGUUUACUAUAUGAAUCGAUUCCUGUCAAACGCGUCCAAAUGCAGCCUAAGGAAAGUUCCGACUGUGAAUGGCAAAUGUAUUUGUAUUUUUGAUGUUUAAAUGGUAAAUGCGUUAAUAUUUUUAAAUUACACAGAGUAAUAUAAUGAAGUUACGUCGAGUGCGAUCCAGUUUGUCAAAGAUGUAAAUAUCAUCGCUUUAUGUUAUGGAGAAAUGGCUCCUAUAGUUAACUGAGACUCUUGUGAUUCAGACUGUUCUUCGCUUUGGGUAUUCCCAGAGCAUAUAACAAUUUACUCACAAUGUCUGAAGAUCUGAAUAAUGUAUUUUGCGUUGCUUUCGCAGGCACCUGCACAAUUAUCAACACUACUGUAGUAAUUCCUUUAGCUGUUUGUUUACAGGACAGUUGGUUGCAUGUUCAAAUUGUGUGCAAAUUAGUUGCAUGUUUGUCUUUUCUAAGAGAAAGUCAAGUUUCUGUAAUCCAUAUCUGAUUACAGACUUGUGUAAUAAAUGUAACUCAGUGCUUCUGUCGGGAUUAAACAAUGCACCUGUGAUAUGCCAUUUACACUGUGGCAGUAAGCCAACCCAGUCCCUACGGUUCUGUGAUUCAUCACCUAGUAAUUGUUUUUGCUUUUUUCUUUCUUUUUUUUUUUUUUUUUUAAAUCUCUGCCAUUUCCAGGAAAUAUGACUGUUUGAAUCCUGAUAUUGGGUCUGGUUCUGGAAAACCUGCAUCGUCACUUGUCCUUAAGCUGUAGUUUGAGUGAGCACUUUAGUAUUUCAGUUUUAGAUUUGACAAACCUUUAUUUUGUGUUCUUUGUUUUUUGAAGCUCUGUGUGAUUUUACAUGCCUUUGAAUCACCUGUGUAUCCUCAUUUGUCUGCUUUUGACUAACACAUGUAUUUUCUCAUUAACUCACACAGUUACAUACUCUUUUACAGUGCUGGAAAUCUAUAAUACUGCUUUUUAUAACUGCACUAUGAAGUAAUAUAAAGCAUGUCAAAAUGUCUCUUAGGUUCCCUUUGUUCAUGUGGAUUUUUGAUUGAAGGAUGAAGCAUUAGCUCGAUAAAACUGGUAACUGAUGAAAUUACUGGGCCAACAGUUUAUAGCAUCUUUCAUGUGGUGUUCUUGUCAACUGGCUUUCUUUUCAUUUUGACAUCUUCCAGAGAAAUUUCUGUAGUUCUCAUUGAUAUAAAGAAGGUCAAAAUGUCUACCGAAUAAAUCAAAAUAUGUGUCAUUUUUGUGACCUCAAAGGAACAAGAUAUGAAGUAUUUAAUCAUUUUACUGUUAAACAAAACACUUUGGUAGUUGUAAUUUUUAUUGACUUGAAAAUGUGUGUAAGUGGUGAUGUUUUUAAAUUAUUCAUCCUAAAUAAGCACAGAUGGAUUGUUUUGAUUUUGAUUUACUUUGAAAUGCACUGUAAACACUGUUAUAGAGAAGGAGCCAAUAAAUAACAGGUCUAAUAUUAUAUUGCUUGGCAGUUAUUUUGAGAUUAUAGAACUGCAACCACUUUUAUUGCUUGGCAGUUAUUUUGAGAUUAUAGAACUGCAACCACUUUUAUUGCUUUGCAGUUAUUUCAAGAUUAUAGAACUGCAACCACUUUAGUUUGUUCCAAUACUGAUACAGCCAUGAUAGAAAAUGAGUAUUUUAGAAAUGUUUUCUGAUUAGUCCUGGACCAUUGGUGAAAUCUUGCUUUGUUUUAUGUAAAUGAUUUUGUCCCAGUGUUGUGUGACGCUCCUAAC